AUGAUGACCACUGCAUAAUCAAAACAGACGCACGGCCAUACAUUUUUCCUCUGUUCUUUACGCGUUCAAUAACAGACUGUUCACUUUAAUAGUCUGUAAUUGAGCUUGAAAAUGGCAGACGGGGUUGGCGCAGAGGGCGAUGUUGAUGAUCCUCCAAUUCCUCCUCCCUGUCCUCCCAUCGGAGACUGUCCACUGAUUACUGUUUCAGAUCUCCCCAGUACCACGCCUGCAGGGAGGACUCUGAAAAAAUGGUUGCAGGAGCAGUUCUGUGACCAAUCCGCCGAUGAGAGUGAGGCGCGUCUCCACAACGCUGCAUUUGUCGGUGACCAGGACACCCUGAAACUUCUCCUGGAGGACGAGGACUAUAAAAGACGCAUUAAUGAGAAGUCGGUGUACUGCUGUGGCUGGCUGCCCUGCACGCCUCUCCGCAUCGCGGCCUCAGCAGGCCACGGCGACUGCGUGGCGCUCCUGCUUGCCCAGGGGGCUGAGGUGGACCUGGUGGACGUGAAGGGCCAGACGGCGCUCUACGUGGCGGUGGUCAACGGGCACCUGGACUGCGUUCGGAUCCUCCUGGAGGGCGGGGCCAACCCCAAUGGCAGCCGGCACCACCGCAGCACCCCCCUCUACCAUGCUUCCCGGGUGGGGCGCUCCGACAUCAUCCAGGAGCUCAUCAGGUUCAACGCUGACGUGGAUGUGGACUAUCAGCUAGACCAGCACGCCGACCCCGACUCCUCCUCCCCGCGCACCCUCAGCACUCUGGGACUGUGUCCCGUCUACAUCACCGCUGCUUACCACCACCUGCCCUGCUUCCAGCUGCUGCUGAGCGGCGGGGCCAACCCGGACUACAACUACACUGGGCCGGUGAGCCGCGAGGUGCUGGCCAAGAGCUCAGCCAGCUGCCUUCUGGACGCGGUGCUCAAGCACGGAUGCCAGGCGGACUUCGUCAGCUUGUUGCUGGAGCAUGGGGCCAACCCUUACCUGGUGCCGUGGGAGGAGCCGGAUGCUGAUCUGGUGGGCCGAGGGAAGAUUGACCCAGAGGCACUACGCAUCUACCAGGAGGCCAGACGGUGGCCACGUCGCCUGACCCAGCAGUGCCGGGUGCUGGUGCGCAGGGCCAUGGGGAAGAGACGCCUGGGCCACAUCUCCUGCCUGCCACUGCCUGAGCCAAUCAAGAACUUCCUGCUGCACAGGGACUGACCAGACACCCAUCACAAGCAACACCAUAUUGUAAAAAAUGUCAAGGCUCCCAGAAGAAACCUUCUACUGCCACUGUGGAGGAAACCCCUAAAGUUUCUCUGAGGAACUGAGUAAAAAUAGGCGAUUGGAAGAACCUGAGGCUUUCUUGGAGGUUUCUUUUGAACACUCUCUGAGGAGCUCUGGGGUUCUUCCAAGAACUAUGGGUUCCUUAGAGAACAUUUAGGGUCCCCCAUAGUGGCAAACCAGGCUCUUUGAGUACACCCACCACCACUACUACUGUUCUGCUGCUACUGCUGCUGUUGUCACUGCCACAACUUUGUGAAGUGGCGUUCUACAACAUCCUUUGCCUUUUGGUGGGCCAAUACUGUUAUUAUGUUUGACCGUUACCAAUGCACAUGUAUUAGCACAGGCUUGACACUGUUGUUUUUUUGUACUAUUUAUUAUUGUACCGGUACAGUAACAUUAUUAUGUUAUUAAUGCCUUAUAACCAAGUUAUUGAUGCCUUGAUCUAUUUUGGAGAGGGUGAUGCUGCUACUGCUACUCUCACCUCUGUAAACACUGCUUGUCCAAGCACUUUAGUAGAGUAGAGUAGAGUAGAGUAACAUUUAUUGAUCCCGAAGGAAAUUUAGGUGUCUAGUAGCAUACAUACAAAAAUAAAUAAAUAGAUUAUUUCACAUUAAA